UUUUGACACUCCUCCCAGAACGCUUUUUUUUUGGGUUUUUUUAAAACCUCUCUUUCUUUCUCUUAAUGGCCCCAUUGCACUCUAGUGCCGUUGUAUUUUGCCAUGGAAGAGGUCUACAGCCAUCACGACCAUGGUAAGCGAACCCCGUCGCCUUCCAGCAACUCGGACGAAUUUGUCUUACACAUGGACGGCGCUACUACUACUACUACCACACACACUAGAAACAAUGGUCGCUCGUCGUCUGCAUCAUCAUCGUCACCACCUUCACCUCCACGCCGAUCCACGGUAGACGAAGACGUACUUUAUGCAACCCAUCCUCAUCCUCAUCCUUUGGAUAACGAUGCUGUGCAAGCCGAUGUAUUACGUUCAUUGAUACAAAGCAACAACACGACGUCCGAAGACGACCAUGAAUAUGCCUUGCAACGGCAAUAUACUGCUCGAUUGGAUGAUUUGCUGGAGAAUUCAGAAAAGCGACCGCAAAGACGGUACAGUCUGUAUGGUGAAAAUGUCAAAGAUCCAACCAGGGUGGAACGCGGUGCAGAUCGCUAUGUGUUUUACUCGGCUGAUUUAGGAUCGGUCAAGAGCCAAUCGUUGAAGCAGCUCAUGAUGAAGCACGUGCAUCAGGAUGAAAAGCAACAGAAGAGUGUUGCAGAAGUUUUGUUGAAAACAACAGGAUGGUGGAUCGAUGCUUUUGCUGCUACGAACGAAGAGAUGCGCAUGAUGAGCCAGGUGUUUCGAAUCCAUCCUUUGACCACCGAAGAUAUCCAGGCCCAAGAAUCGCGUGAAAAGUGCGAAAUAUUCCAACAUUACAUGUUUAUCAGUUUCCGAAGCUUCAACCACGAUUCACACAGUGCAAACUAUCUCGAAGCUGUCAACUUUUAUAUCAUUGUAUUUAAAACAGGCGUCUUGACGUUUCAUUUCCAGCCGCUUCCACAUCCACACAACGUGAGACGACGUAUCCAUCAGCUAAAAGAUUUCAUCCACGUCACACCCGAAUGGAUCAACUAUGCGUUGAUUGACGAUAUCACAGACAGUUUUGCUCCACUUAUCCAACAUACCGAACUGGAAGUGGAUUCCAUCGAUGAUUUGGUGUUGGUGUUGAGCGGAUCGGAGCAAGCGGAUAUGCUCCGCCGAAUUGGCGCUUGUCGUAAAACCGUGAUGCAGUUGCUGAGACUCCUUGGGCCGAAAGCAGAUGUCGUACGAAGCUUGAUCAAACGCUAUGACGAUAAGUCCAAAGAAGCGGCGAAUACGACCAAGACGACGACGCAAGGCGUUAGCAACCAAUCAAAAGAGAUCCGCAAAAUCCAACAUGAAGUCACCUUGUAUCUUGGUGAUAUCCAAGACCAUAUCCUUACUAUGCUCCAAAACGUGAAUCAUUACGAUCUCAUUCUUGGUCGAGCCCAUCGUAAUUAUCUCGGUCAGAUAUCAAUAGAAAUGUCCCAGGCAGGCAAUACCACCAACGAAAUGAUUAACCGUUUGACUUUUUUGGCAACGAUUGUGGUCCCCUUGAACUUGGUUGCCAGUUUAUGGGGUAUGAACGUGUAUGUACCUGGCCAAGAUGAGAAAGACUUGACGUGGUUUUUCUGGAUUGUAUUGGGCAUGUGUAUGUAUAUAGUAGCAAUGGUAGCAUUUGGCAAGCGGUUUGGGCUUGUUUAAAAAAUGUUUCCAUGUUGUCAUAUUAUCACUCUUCCUUUUCCUUAUUUCUCGUCAUCAUUUCCUUCCAUCUAUUGUCUCAUACAUCAUACAUACCUACUACAUUACAUACAUUACAUAUUACCAAUAAUAAACUAAAAGCCAUCUUUCAUCAUGAUCAUGGAUAAAGUUAAAAGCAUAUAUUAUUAGUGACGGACAAUAACUAUAGUUGCCCCAUCCAGAUUGAC